GUGUUUCCUUCCAGUGACUCUCCCUUGCCUGUGACCUCACGUGUCUGUUUUGUAAAGUUCCAUGAGUCUGAAUCAGUGGGAGUUUCCCAACACCUGACCAACACCGUCUUUGUGGAUCGAGCCUUGAUUGUGGUCCCUUUUGCUGAGGGUGGGUGCCUUUUUUGUUCUCAUUUCAUUGGACUUUCAGAUUAGUGAUUGCUAUAUAAGAUGUAGCUAAUCCGAGCAUUGCUUUAAGUUAAAGGGAAUAUUUGCAUUUGUGUCCAUGUCUGACAAUUCAGCUGUAAACUUCUCUCUCUGUUAUUUGUGUUGUGGUUUUCAUAGUGAACAAGUCAUUUGCAGAGAGCCCCUUCCUUGCUGGCUGAAAGAGGUCCUCUGCUGCCAACAGGAGAUUAGAAAAUAAAAUGGCACCAGAAUCGCAAGCCCCUUCUCUCAAUCUUCAGUAAAACAUUAACUCGAUAUUUGACUCUAUUCAAGGCAACUCUUUUAUCGCACAAACAACUAAAGGUGAAGGGGUGUAAAUACAGUUGUGCACAUAUGUAAGCAGAAAUUGUGUGUGUUUUGAUGCGACUGUGUAUUUGAUAUCUAUUGAUGAUAAUGACUUUUACAAUUGGGAUGUCUGACGUAGUCGACCAUAAAUAAUUUAAUAAAUCAUAUCGUAAUCUGACCAAUCUGUCAUGAAGAUCUGCUCUAAAGUUGGGCGUUGGAUCAGACCAAGGGUUGAUUCUACCAACCCACCCUGAUGAUCCCUGCAUUUAACUCAAGCAUGCAGCAUCGCUUAUGUUCUCAGCUUUGCAUGAUCAGAUUGUCUUGUGCCCAAAUCUCAAUUUCUAAUUUGUUUAUUUUGGUGAACAUUUAUCUUCACUCGCUAUUAUAAUGUGUAUUUCCAAAACACAAUAUUUCAGCAACAACAACACACGCAUACGAGGUAGAAGAUGUUGCCGUGAUUUUUCUGAUUGACUCUCAAAUCCACGAAAGAGUUGAGUGAAUCUCGCAUUUAACAGUGGUGUUUUCUUUUGUUGUUGUGUUUUACAGUUCUUUUUCCUGGUUCAGCCAGCCCCCUAUAAACCAGGCCCUGCUGAAAAUGCCACCAACAGUUUUGUCUUCUGCAGCCUUAUCCUGUUUCUCAAGUGUCUUUUCUGUUUUGUGUGGAUGUGUGUGUGCGCGAGUGUCUCUCUCUCUCUCUCCCUCUCUCUAUGUAUACAAAUGUCAUAUUUAAAAAUAGCCUGUUUUCAGAUUGCUCUACCAUGGAUGCUCUUCCUCAAAUGUGUUUGCUGUGUUUUUCUUCAGCACUGGGCAUUUUUCAUGUUAUAAAUGCUUUUGCUGGACAUAUAUUUUACUGUUUUUAACUUUUACAUGUUGACUAAUUGUUUGCUAAACUGUAGCAGCAUUUAUUUGCUUGCAAAGUAAGUUUGAUUUAUUUUCAUGUGGUGGUAGUGUACUCCCCAUCAAAAAGCCCAGAAAAGGUAAUAUGACUGAGCCUUUUCUGUUAAUGGUGAUGGUUAGCCUUGUUGUAAUGUUCCUUUCUGUCACACCCAAAUCAUGAACUUGUUUUCUGUAUCUCGAUGUUCUUGUGUGCUUUAUAGCGAAGCAGCCGGCGCGAGUCGCUUGUUCAUAAAACGUCUAAUGAAAGUUGAGAGCACAUCCCACGGGACAACAUGGCUGUGCUUGCUUACGUUUGGUUCAUGACUUAAAAAUCAAGUACAGGAGUCAUUCCUGAUGAAUCUAAAGCCAUGUCGCUGCUGGCUCCAGCCAAUGCCGUGGCAGGAAUGAUGCCAGGGGGCGGACUCCUUCCAACACCCAACCCAUUGGCUUCGAUUGGAGGAGCCCCAUUUGGAGGACUCGGGGCUCCCAACCUGGAGCAGAUGGCUGCUUUGGGAAUGCCAGGACCGAACAUGAACCCACAAGCACUUUCUGCAGACUUCCUGAAGCUCAUGCAGUCUAUAGACCCCAAAUUGAAUCCGUUAGCAGCAGGCCUGGGCUUAAACCCGGCGCUGAAGAAUGACUCGUCCAACAAAGAAAUUGAAGAAGCCAUGAAGCGGGUCAGAGAGGCGCAGUCCCUCAUAUCUGCAGCCAUCGAACCAGGAAGUAAGAAAGAUGACAAGCGAAAACGCUCGCGGUCACGCUCCAGGCGCAGGCGAACCAGAUCUCGGUCACGACACAGGCGAUCGAAAAGCCGGUCUAGAAGGAGGUCUCACUCGAGGCCCAGGAGGAGGUCCAAAAGCCCACGCAGGCGAAGGUCCCACUCUCACGAUAGAAGCCGUCGCCGCAGCAGGUCAAGGGACCGAAAGAAGGAGGAGAAAUCUAAAAAAAGGUCAAAGACACCCCCAAAAAGCUACAGCAGUACUAGAAGGUCUCGCAGUCCUGCCAGGAGGCACAGGCGCAGCCGGAGCGCGUCUCGAUCUCCAAAAAGACGGCUCUCCAGGUCUCCAUCUGCCAGGCGCCACAAGAAAGAGAAAAAGAAGGAUAAGGAGCGUGAGAAGGAGCGAGACAGAGAGCGGAGGGAAGAAAGGGACCGGAACAGAGAAGAAAGAGAGCGAUCUACGAGUAAGAAGAAGGUCAGAGACAAAGAGCGGGACAGAAAAUCUGACAGCGAGAAAGGAGAUGUGAAGGUGACCAGGGAUUACGACGAGGAAGAACAAGGGUAUGACAGUGAGAAGGGUGAGGAAGAGGACGAGAGAAAAAGCGACUCUGACUCCGUCUCUUCCUCCAAAGGUUGUGAGGUCACGGAGAAAGUCCCCAAAAAGUCCAAGCUGAACGGAGAUGACCACCAUCAGGAAGACAUGGAGAUGAGCGAUUGAGAGACAUCGACGAUCCGCUCGUGUCAACUCUCUUUUCUGACCACGUGUCUGUGCCUGACAGAAAACAACUUGUCUUAGCUGUAUACUCUUGGGAGAAGAAAACACAUUUGUAUUUGUUCAAACGAACCUCAAAUGAGGUUUCAAAUGUUCAUCGCUGUACUUUUUAAAUGACCCUGCCUUCUGAACUGUAGAUUCAUAGUUUCCAAUGAUGUGUAAAUAUUUAACCGCAUCACAUGAAGCUCAACUUCCAGCCUCAUUUGUUUGAGCGGCCGCCGUCCUGCGUAGACUCCUGUAUGUGACACUGUAGACUGAUGCCUUGUUUGUAAUGCAUUGAAAUGGUUGUUGGUUUUCCCAAGUUUCAAAUAAAAUUGGGCCA